AUGCCUCCGAAGCAAGAGACUCACACCGAAAGGAUCUCGGCUCUCGAAGGUAGGAUCAGUGCUGUCUCAAUUACGAUCGAUGAGCUACGUGACUCGAUGGCGAGGAGUGAGCGAUCGAUUCUGGAGACGACGUUGAAGAGUGAUCAAAAGUUCCUGGAGGUCGAUCGGAAGGCUGAGGAGCGUCAUACUCAGCUGAUGGCUAUGUUCCAGAAACAACCGGUGGUGGUGACGAAUCAGGAGAAGGUCGAGCCAAAGGAGGGAGGCCCGGGAGAGAUUCAUCGCGAGACUGAAGGAUCUGUUUCCAACACCCAAGGAUUACAGAUCCGUCCAGAGAAAGGCCUUCUACAUGUUCCGGAGAUGGCGACCCCUUUCAGAUAUGCGGAGCUCAACACUCCGUUUUAUCAUGCGGGUUCCUCGGGGUAUUCAUCUCAACAGAAACUUGAAUCACCUCCGAAGAAGCUUGAUCUGCCGAACUUUGAAGGGAAGAACCCAGAUGACUGGACCUUUCGGAUGGAGAAGUGUUUCUCGGACAGGGAGGAGCCGUUAGAUUGGAGGGAUUUUAAGGUGAAACUGAGGAGGAGAUUCAAACCGACAAGGGGAGGAACCAUCCUUAGUCAGAUGUUACGGUUGAGGCAGACGGGGACUAUAUCCGAGUAUAGAGAGCAGUUUGAGGAGCUAUCCGCAGAAGUACCUCAUGUGACAAAUGAUGUGCUAGAGGAGAUAUUCUUGCACGGAAUGAAGCGGAGUUUGCGAGAGCAAGUGGUGAGAUUGAGGCCAGUAGGGAUGGAUGAGAUUGUUGACAUGGCCAAGAUCAUUGAAGAACAGGAGAAUGAGCGCAGUUCCUAUCAAAAUCGGUCCUUCCAAAGGACUAGUUCAGCGCCCACCCUCAACUCUAGCCAUAGGAGCUACAACUCUAACUCUGGUAAUGCUCGUUACGGGGAGAACACAUCGGCGAGGAAGUCUGUGGACUCUCAGCGUGACAACAAGAGCAAUGAUCAGAAGAAAAACAUCCAGAACCCCUGCAGACACUGUGGAGAAAGGUUCUUUGCAGGGCAUCGAUGUAAGGCUUUUCAGAGGUUAAAAAAAAUGGAGUUGGAUGAUAGUGAAGUGAAAGAUGAGGAAGAGUUGAGCGACGAAGAGAAGUCCGAGGAUCACAAUGAUACUCAGGAGCAGGAGUUACAUGUGUUGUCCUUGAAUUCAAUGGUGGGAAUUACCUCUAAGAAAACUAUGAAGAUGAAAGGCAGGAUGGGGGAUAGAGACGUCGUGGUUCUUAUCGACUCAGGGGCUACUUGUAACUUUAUUUCGAAGAAGUUGGUGGGUGAGUUAAAGUUGCCCGUGGUGGAGACGGUAGGCUUUGGAGUGGCGGUUGGAAAUGGAGAAGUUAUAUCAGGUUCUGGAAAAUGUGAAGGUGUGGAAGUAUUGAUUCAAGGAGUGACGAUUAAAGAAGAGUUCUUGCUCUUUGAGCUGGGAACUAUUGAUUUGGUUUUGGGAUAUUCGUGGUUGGCUGAACUUGGGGAGACCCGCAUUAACUGGGGGUUGAACAUUCUGAGGUUUCAACGCGAUGAGAAGUGGGUGUCGAUUUGCAGUGAUCCGGAGUUACUGAAGGCUCAAGUGUCCCUUAAUACGAUGGAGAAGCUCUGCGAUAAGGAAGAUGUGGUGUCUGUUGGAGCUGCAAGCAUUAUUUGA